AUUUUAUUGGUCAUGUGGUUAAGCGAUAGUCAAAGUAAUAGGAAAUAAAAUAAAAUAAAAUAAAAAGCAAAAAAGCAAAAAUAAAAGCAAAAGCAAAAAUAAGAAACGAAAUAAAGAAUGCAAAACAAUACACAGAGUCAAUAGGACUUAUCAACACAAGUUAAUAGAGAUUGGUGUCGGCCUUACAGCGUUUGGCUUGUUCUUUAUGCUCUUGGGCGUGAUGAUGUUCUUUGAUGGUGGUCUGUUGGCAAUUGGCAAUGUCCUGUUUCUGAGCGGAAUUGGAGCUAUCAUUGGUCCCAAGAACACAGUUGUGUUUUUCACUCGACGUGAAAAAUUGCGCGGAUCAGCCUGUUUAUUGGGUGGUAUUUUCUUGGUCCUGAUAAAGUUUCCAUUCUUUGGCUUCUUGCUUGAGGUGUUUGGUAUUCUCAACCUGUUUGGUGACUUUUUCCCGGUUGUGUUUGGGUUCUUGAAGAGAUUGCCUAUUAUUGGACCGAUAUUAUCACAACCCUUCCUGUCGCGUUUCAUGCCGAGAGAAAGUCGGACAAGAGUAUAAAUUUCAUUUUUGAAACGCUACAUGAUUAAAAAAAAGAAAAAAAAGGAAUAAUAUUGAAACACUAUUCUUUAUUACUAUUACUGUUGCUGAUGUUGCUGUUGCUGUUGCUGUUGCUAUUAC